AAGUGAACAAUGUUCUCCAGAUUAUGGUGGCUUUUGUUUCUGCUGGACCACCACAUAUCUUUGGCACAAAACACCAAUGAAGAGAAGAGAAAUGGAGUAAGAAAACAGAAGUCCAAACCUUUCCUUUCAAACGCAGUAGAAAAAUAUCCCAGUUCAAGUGACCAAGAUGAAGACUGCAUUCUGGAAAUGGCUUUCCUCCUGGACAGCUCAGAGAGUGCGAAGAACUUCAACCACGAACAGCAGAAAGCAUUUGUCUUGGAGACUGUGGACAGAAUGAAAGGCCUGCAACUCACCUCUGGCCGUACCUUGAGCUGGAGGAUGGCCUUGCUUCAGUAUAGCAGCACAGUCCUCAUUGAACAAACUUUCAGGGACUGGAAGGGCCCGGAUGCCUUUAAAUCUCGUAUCGCUCCCAUAACGCACAUCGGCCACGGCACCUAUACCACGUAUGCCAUCACCAACCUCACGCAGCUUUACAUGACUGAAGGGACUCACGGCAGCGUGAAAGUUGCUGUGCUGUUGACAGACGGAGUGGACCAUCCGAGAAACCCAGACAUUUUUUCAGCUACUGCCGAUGCUAAACACCAAGGUAUCGUGUUCUUCACAGUGGGAAUGACCAGAGUGGCUGAGGAGGUGGCCAAUGCUGCCAAGCUGCGGCUUCUGGCCAGUGUUCCAGCAUCCAGGUUUGUCUUCAAUCUGCAGGAGAAAGGAGUUGUGGAGAGAAUACUCAAAGAAAUGAAAGAUCUGGCAGAAGAAGGGUGUCCCCAGCCUCCUAUAUGUAACUGUGAAAAAGGAGAAAGGGGUGUUCCUGGCCCUGCUGGUAAAAAGGGCCGUCCCGGUGAUGAUGGAGUUCCUGGACCAAAGGGAGUGAAGGGGGAGCCAGGCCUAAAUGGAAUUCCAGGAAGAGAUGGAACUGAGGGGAAGUCUGGAUACAAAGGAGAAAAGGGUGAAAGAGGCGAAUGUGGAACACCAGGAAUAAAAGGUGACAGAGGUCCAGAAGGUCCAGGUGGCCCAAGAGGUCUUCGAGGUCUCCAGGGUCCCCAGGGUCUGUCCGGAGAUCAGGGGCCAGAAGGAGUGCAGGGAUCAAAGGGUGAAAGAGGCCUCCCUGGCCCAGCUGGAUUGACUGGAGAAACUGGAGUCGGAUUGCCUGGCCCAAAGGGUGACAUUGGUUUGACAGGAAGACCAGGCCCUGUUGGUCCACCAGGAAUUGGAGAACCAGGUUUACCGGGACCUCAAGGACCACAAGGUAUUCAGGGAGAAAGGGGAUCACUAGGAGAAGGACUUCCAGGACCAAAGGGAGAUCGUGGCUUUGAUGGUCCAAAAGGACCUCGGGGCCAACCAGGCAUUGGCAUAAAGGGUGAAAAGGGUGAAAUUGGCCCACCUGGUUUGCCUGGGCCUAUUGGAUUACCUGGUGUUGGAAUUCAAGGAGAGAAGGGAGUAGAAGGCCCAAAAGGACCACCAGGCCCAAGAGGACCACCUGGACAGGGGUUACCUGGACCAAAGGGUGAUCAAGGUUUGCCAGGAGAAACUGGAGCUCCAGGAGACAGGGGUCUUGGAGAACCUGGUGCAAAGGGGGAACCAGGUUCUUCAGGGCUGGCAGGCCUACCUGGCCUUCCAGGAGAAGAUGGAGCACCAGGACAAAAGGGAGAACCAGGGUUGCCUGGCCUCCGUGGUCCAGAAGGUGCUCCUGGGAUUGGAAUACAGGGUGAAAAGGGUGAUCAAGGUCAAAGAGGUAUACGUGGAUUAUCAGGACCGACUGGAGCACCAGGACCUGCGGGGGCGAAAGGUGAACCUGGUGCCCCAGGGCGUCUUGGGAUGCCAGGUCUUCCAGGACGAGCCAUUAUGGGACCAAAGGGUGAUAUUGGAUUGCCUGGACCUCCUGGACCAAUUGGAGAACAAGGAAUAGGGAUUCCUGGAGCUAAGGGUGACCGUGGACAUCCAGGCCCACCUGGACCAUUUGGACCAAAGGGAGAUGGCUACCCAGGCCCACCUGGUCUUCCAGGUCUUCCGGGAGUUCCUGGGGAGCUAGGUCCUGAAGGGAUCGGACUACCUGGGCCUAAGGGUGAUCCAGGUAUGAGAGGACCAGCUGGUCCCCUAGGCCCACCAGGAGAAGGCCUUCCAGGACCAAAAGGUAAUGUUGGCCGGCAAGGCCCACCUGGAGCUUUGGGACCUCCUGGUGAAGGUAUCCAAGGAUCUAAGGGUGAGCAAGGAAUUCAAGGCAUGCCAGGACCCCGUGGACCCCCUGGAGAAGGGCUCCUUGGACCAAAGGGUGAUCGUGGAGCUGCUGGUGAAAGAGGAAGAAAAGGCGAGAAAGGCAACAUGGGUGAUCCUGGUUCAGUUGGAGAACCCGGCAAAACUGGACCAAAGGGAGAGCAAGGCCUAACAAGAGAAGAUAUCAUUAAAUUGAUUAAAGAGAUAUGUGGAUGCGGUAUUAAAUGCAAGGAGAUACCUAUGGAGCUUGUGUUUGUGAUUGACAGCUCCGAAAGUGUUGGCCCAGAAAACUUUGAAAUAAUCAAAGACUUCGUCACAGCUUUAGUCGACAGAGUAACUGUAGGACGAAAUGCUACCAGAAUUGGUCUUGUCCUCUAUAGCCUGGAGGUUCGGCUUGAAUUUGGACUCAAUAGGUACACAACGCAGCAGGAUGUGAAACAAGCUAUCAGGAAAAUGUUAUAUAUGGGAGAAGGCACUUACACGGGUACAGCCAUCCGCAAAGCAACACAGGAAGGCUUUUUUGGGGCUCGAACCGGCGUGAGGAAAGUUGCCAUAGUCCUAACAGAUGGCCAAGCAGAUAAGAGAGAAGCCGUGAAGUUGGAUAUUGCUGUCAGAGAGGCUCAUGCAGCCAACAUCGAAAUGUAUGCAAUUGGAAUUGUAAACACUUCCGACCCAACACAAGUUGAAUUCUUACGUGAGCUGAAUCUAAUUGCGUCAGACCCUGACAGAGAACAUAUGUAUCUCAUAGAUGAUUUUAAUACUCUUCCAGCUUUGGAGUCCAAACUUGUUAACCAGUUUUGUGAAGAUGAACAUGGUGCCUUAAUAUAUAACCGAAUUGGAAAUGGAGGAAUAAAUGGACCAUCUAUCCACUCAGUAUCUUCUCAUUCUUCGCAAUACUUAUUGCAUGCUAACAGUAAUAAUGGACCAUCAGUUCCAUCAAAUAGAUAUGAAACACCCAUGAAAGAGAAUUCCAUAAACCUUGGCCAGGUUUCUCAACCAUUAAUCCCGGCCAAAGAACAGCCCAGGAUAUUUCACGGGAACUAUGAGGCGGUGCCAGAGGGAGAUCAUUUCCCAUUCUUGUCUCCUGAUAAUAGCAAAGUAGUUUCAUCAGCAUUGCCAUCGGCAUCAUCAGCAUCACCACCUCCACCGCUGCCAUCUCUAACAACAGAAAAAACGUUCCCACCUUCACAUUCCUCAGCUUCUUCCAUGCCACCUACGCCAAAACCAGAAAAUAUCCUGAACCCUCCACAAUGUAAAUUAAGAUUAGAUCAAGGACCGUGCCGUGUGUAUAUAAUAAAAUGGUACUAUGAUAAGCAAGCCAAUUCUUGUGCUCAGUUUUGGUUUGGUGGCUGCGAUGGAAAUGAUAACCGCUUUGAUAGCGAAGAAGCCUGUAAAAAGACCUGCGUAUUUUUCUCUGGAGGAUUAACAGACAUGCUUUGA